GUCAACAUCCUGUACAACUAUGCCAUGGCUGUGUGCAUGAAUCCGGGGGUGCCCCCGGAGUUUCCAGGCGAGGCGCUUGAAAGCAAGGACGGAGAGCUCGGGGACUAUGCCCCGGCACCCAAGCAGUGCCACAAGUGCUUGAAGCUGAAGCCUCCGCGCGCGCACCACUGCAGUGUCUGCAAGACCUGCGUGAUGAAGAUGGAUCAUCAUUGCCCGUGGAUCAACAACUGCGUCGGCAUCAACAACUAUCGGUACUUCUGCCUGUUCAUGCUCUUCUUGGCCAUGGGCUGCCUGUACUACACUGUCUUGGGCUCUCGCCUCUUCUUCCAAGCGCUGGCGCCGGCCAGGAAAAGGACAAUCAAGCUCAAGUUUGAGGACAUCCAGUGUGUCACACUCUCUUGGCUGGUGAGUAUCUGCAUCUUCUGUGCGAUCUGCCUUCUUGGCGGCUUCCACCUGUACCUCGUCCUCACCAAUCAGACCACCAUCGAGUUUCACACGAACAUGGCUGGUCGACAGAUCGCACGCAA